AUGCGCGCCCCAUCAUCGUGGACGAGCUCCCGCCUGCUCGUGGCGGCGCUCGCCCUCGGAGCCAAGGCAGCGCCCGACCCGACCGCCGAGCUCACCGCCCAGGACAUUGGCGACUUCGCCGCCGUGGAGUUUGGGGACAGGAGCGUCCGAGGAUUCCCCGGCCCGCGUGCAAGGCCUUCCCCGGCACGGACAGCUGGCCGAGCGCGGGGAUUGGCGCCGGCUCAACGGUACUCUGGGGGCGCCCUGCUGCGGCCUAACCCGCCCGCCAUCGUCUGCUACGAGGGCCCCGCGUACGACGAGGCCGCGUGCAAGAACCUGUGGCCGCAGGGGAGCACGUGCUUGCCGACCGAGGAGCCGGUGGGGAAUUGUACGAGGGGGCUUCCCGAGUACGUGGUGAAUGUGACGAGCGUGAAGCAUGUGCAGGCGGCGGUGAAUUUUGCGAGGAAUAAGAAUGUGCGCCUCGUGAUCAAGAACACCGGCCACGAUUUCGGCGGUCGGUCCGUCGGCGCCGGAUCCCUCAGCGUGUGGACGCACAAUCUCAAGGAUUUCGAGCUCAUCCCCGAGUACCGCAUGGGUCCUUACAAGGGGAUGGCGGUGCGCUACGGCGCCGGCCUGGAGGCAUGGGAGCUGUACAACCACAUGGCCGAGCUCAACUUCACCGUUACCGCGGCGGGCGGGCGGACGGUGGGAGCGAACGGCGGUUGGUUCGCGUCGGGCGGUCACGGCACCUUGACGUCUACCUACGGCCUCGGCUGCGACCAAGCGCUCGAGAUUCACGCCGUCACGGCGGAUGGCGAGUACGUGGUGGCGAAUCCCCUCGCCCUGUCGUGCAAGACGGGCGCCAACUCGACCACAUCCUUCCGCACCGACGACCCGGCCGCCUUCUGGGACGCGAUGAGCAUCUACUUCCGCUUCUCCGCCGCCGUGGUCGACGCCGGCGGCGUGGACUGGAGCUACCUCACCCCGCUCGGCAACGAAACCUACACCUUCUCCGUCGGCAUGACCUGGCCCAACCGCACCGUCGAGGCCGUCACCGAGAUCCUCGCCCCGCUGUACGAGCAGCUCCAGGCCAUCGGCCCCCGCGUCCACCGCCUCCGCGCCGCUCGCGGACACGCGCUACCGCUCCCGCCUCUUCCCCGCAAGAACUGGGACGACGACGAGGUCUUUGCCAACACGUUUGCCGCGAUCCGCGUCUCCGUCGAGGCCGGGUAUACCUUCCACGGCCUCGCUAUCGGCGCUACGAAAAAGGCGGCGGGUUGGCCCGGGCGCGAGGGCGCCGUUAACCCGGCGUGGCGCAACGGCGUGCUCCACGGCAUCCUCAUCGGCUUGCAGCCCAAGGGCCUGACGGCGCAGGAAGCCCGCGACGAAGAGGCGGCGAUCCAGGAGUACAUGCAGUUGUGGCGCGACGUGACCCCGGCGCGGGCGCGUACAUGA